AUGAUCGGGAGCGAUUACGUGCUUGAAGCGCACAACAUCUACCACACAACCGAGGUUGAUACGGGCGGGUGCUUCAAUGGUGGCGGCCAGUCCGCGCUGGUGCUGAAGGGAGUGCAUCUGACCGUGCACAGCGGUGAGGUGAUGGCCAUCCUCGGUUCGAAGGGCAGUGGAAAGCGUGCCCUGCUGGACGUUAUCGCCCGCCGGUCGGACGGUUCGUCCCGUGGACAGGUGCUGCUUAAUGGAGCACCGCUAACGAAGUCACUGUUCCAGCAGCGGUGCGGAUACGUUACGCACGCCUGUGAUUUCAUCCCGGGUCUUACCGUUUCCCAAACGCUCCACUACACACCGACCAUCCUGGGAGGCUAUUUGAAAAGCUCCAAAGUGCGUCAAGUGCUUGCCGAUCUUGCACUGUCGCAGGUUUCGCACAAGAAGGUGGAAAAUCUUAACAUCAGCGAACGGCGCCGGCUCGCGAUCGGCAUUCAGCUGGUGCGCGAUCCCGUGAUGCUGCUGCUGGACGAACCGACCCAAGGGCUGGAUCCGCUCAGCGCCUAUCUGCUGAUUAGCAUUCUGUCCAACUCGGCCAAGAAAACUGGCUGCGGCAUAUUGCUCUCACUGGAGAAACCACGUUCGGAUGUGUUCCCGUUUUUGGAUAGGGCAUUGUUUUUGUGUUUGGGUGGCGCAGUGUAUUCCGGUGGCACUAGAGCUAUGCUGGAGUACUUCCAUGGCAUUGGUUUUCCGUGUCCACAGUUGGAAAAUCCUCUGAUGUAUUAUCUCUGUUUGUCGACGGUGGAUCGAAGAUCCCGCGAUCGGUUCUUAGAAUCAAGUCAGCAAAUUGAGGCAUUAGUGGAACGAUUCGCUCGUGAAACUCCUAUCCCGGAAGCGCCCAUCAAUCCGAUCGGUAGUGGCAAGAUACCGCUGGCAUACGGGAAACCAGGUGAACUGAAAGUAUGGGGAAUCCUUUAUCUACGUUUAUUGGCGGCAACCUUCUCCUGCGGUUAUGCCGGUAUGAAGGCCCUGUUUCUGCGUCUUCUUGCUUUGCCGGCCACGAUGGGAUUGCUGUGGCUAUUCUACGGUCAAACUGGAGAUGAUGCGCACGGAUUCUUUAGCAAGGGAGGUCUAAUCAUGAGUGUGCUUGCAUUGAGCUAUGGCGUCGGUAUCUGGGCAACUAUUGCACUGUUUCCACCAUGGAGAAAGCGUUUCUGUCAGGAAUAUGCGGAAGGGCUUUACACGGGUGCAACGAUGCUGAUUGCUUACAAUACCGUUUCGAUACCGUUUUCGUUCAUCUCGUCGGCUGUUGCUGCUUGCGUUCUUUACCCGCUCGUUCUUGAUCCGGCCAAUCCCGAUGGUAUGACAUUCACCUAUCUGCUGGUGGCUCUAUGGACCAGUUUCAUGCUUGCAGAGCAGCUAUGCGUCAUGUUUUUGCUUGUGAUGAAGUCACAGCUUAAUGCCGCCAUUGCUACGUCUUACAUAUUGAUCAUCUGCCUGACGCUCGCCAGUGGCACCAUCAGGUCCACCAAAGGAUUACCUGCCUGGUUGCAGGAAAACGCCAAGGGUGUUCACACAAAGUACGCCAGCUCCCUUCUUCACACCGCCACCUUUUUGGGUCGCAAAAUGAACUGUACACCGGCCAACGGGAUCGUAUGUCCACAGCCGGCUGAUUUUCUGAUGGAACGGCUCGGUCGUGCCAAUCCGCAGGAAACGACCGAUAUUGCCGCCAGUAUUGCAUUCGCGCUCGGUUUGUGCGCAUUCAACAUGAUCUUGUAUCUGCUGCCAAUGCCUCGAUUCGUGCGACGGAAGUUCCGCGAGUAG